AUGGAAACCAAUGGUACGAUGGAACACGGUGAAACAGAACACACGCAGCCAGCCUUCGAUAAUGUUGAUAUCACAUCGCCGGACGAUGAAAACGAAAACGAUAUCUUCGAGUCCGCUAUUCAGCAGGAACCAUUGUCGCCCGUUUUGGAGGACGUUCCAACGGAGGAGGCGGGCGAUACGUUUAUCGAAAUCGUUGUUGCUGACCCGCAGAAAGUAGGCGAUGGUUUGGGAUCGUAUUUAGCGUACAAGGUUUCCACAAAGACUAACAUUUUGAAGUUCAAGAAGCGGCAGUUCUUCGCCAUGCGUCGCUUUAGCGAUUUCUUCAACCUGCACGAGCUGCUCGUCAGGAAGUACCUCCGGAUGGGGCGGAUUAUUCCGCCUGUGCCGAAAAAGAACCUCAUCGGCACGACGAAGGUGAGAAUGGGCAGCCAACCGCAAUCAGACGACGGUUCGGAUAUGAAUCUUGAAUGGAUCGAUAAACGCCGGGCAUCGUUGGAGCGUUUUCUCAACCGCGUUGCCCAGCAUCCGAUCCUCUGCCAGGACACGGAUUUCAUCAACUUCCUGGAAAGUGAUCAGGAGCUGCCGCGCUCCGCUAACAGUGCAGCACUCAGCGGGGCCGGUAUGAUGCGGCUGUUCAACAAGGUGGGCGAGACGGUCAACAAGAUCACGUACAAGAUGGACGAGAACGACCCGUGGUUCAACGACAAGAUCAACGAGGUCGAAACAAUCGAUGCUCACAUGCAGAAACUGCAUUCCGCCAUCAAGGCACUCGUGUCGCACCGGAAAGAGCUGGCCACCUUGACCGGCGGUGUCGCUAAGUCAGCAGCACUGCUGAGUACUUGCGAGGAGCAUACGGGGCUGUCGCAAGCGCUCUCGCAGCUGGCGGAUGUCGAGGAGAAGGUGGAACUGCUGCGUUCCGAGCAGGCCAACUCGGACCUGUACAUUCUGUCGGAGACAAUCAAUGAUUACAUCGGUUUGUUUGGUGCAAUCAAAGACGUGUUCCACGAACGGGUAAAGGUGUUUCAAAACUGGCAACACGCGCAGAUACAGCUGACGAAAAAGCGCGAAAACAAGGCAAAGCUGGAAUUGCAGGAGCGACGUGAUAAGCUGGAGUUCGCUCAGAAGGAAGUUGAAGAGUGGGAAGGAAAAGUGCAGCGGUGUCAGAAAGAGUUCGAUAACAUUUCCAGCGAAAUUAAGAAGGAAAUGGAACGCUUUGAGCUGGCACGUGCUCGUGAUUUCAAGUCGACCAUCAUCAAGUAUCUAGAGGACCAAAUGGCGCAUCAGCAGCAGCAAAUGAAGUAUUGGGAAGCUAUAGUGCCCGUGGCUCGUGACAUUGCAUGAGAGGAACAGAACGCAAUAAAUUCCCCCAUCCUGUACGAUCGCGACGAAAACGAACACCUUCCGACGACUGACAAGCUGCGCCUCUCGAUUAAUUUAGUCGAUUCCAAUGCCAGAAUAUCGUAAAACGACAUGGCUUUGCGAUCCGUAGGAGUUGAUAAGUUGAGUUGGAUAUCGUUUCAAAUUGACCACAAAGUCACUGAACGCUGGAGGAUCUAGAAAAGCACUCAAAUAUCGCACCCGCCUCUCGUUGAUAGUUGCUAGUGUUUGAUGAUUGUUUGGAAGACGUUACAAAGAUCCUUUCUAUCGCCUGAUUUUCUUCCCUCUUUCCUCUCUUAUCGUGCUGUAAGAAUUAAGGCCUUUGUUUUAAGAUAUUAUAAAAUUAUUAUCAUU